AUGCCGAAUCCCCCAUCUGGAUACCAGACAGGCUCAUCAGGGAACCCCCCGGAGCGAUGCCAUCUCUCACGCCGCUGGAAGAAGCAAAAGAGACGCAUGCAUCAUCAGAUGAGGAGACUGGAGAUGACCCAGCAGCGGCAGAAGAUCACGUGGACAAUGAUUAGGCAUCUGGCUCGAGAAGCAAAGGAUUUACUGGCUCGGGAGGGGAAACCCCGUACUACGUCUUACUUGUUUUUGGCUUUUCUUGCAUUAGUCAGUACUCCAAAAAUUGACUGUGUUCCUUAUUGGGCUUAUGUGCCUAAUCCUCCUAUUGUACAACCUAUUGGGUGGUUAGACAGGGAGCCCGUGAAAGUGUUAACUAGUGACUCACUGCGGUUAGGUGGUGUACAGGACUCUGAAGCAAGGGUUUCCUCCUCCUCUGUAAUAUCUUUUGAGGGGAGAGCAGACUCUUUGCCGAUUUGCCUGACACUGCAGGGACAAGCUCCUGAUGGCUGCCUUACCACACGGUAUAGAACCUUCCUAACUGAUGGUCCAGACCGCGAAAACCCUGGUAAGCGCUGGGUCUGGGAAACUCAAAUUCAAACUUUGGGGGCUCCAUCCCCAGAAUAUGCGGAUAAUUUCACUGACAUUCCAGAAAGUGAUUUACCGUUGACACCAUGUGUUAAAAAGUACCAAAAUACGGAUAGAACUUGGUUGUCAUCUCUAACUAAAUUUCCAACUUGGCUUUCUUGUGGGUUCUCUACCGCUGCCUGGUAUCGGCCUCAGGGAGUAGACAUCACUAUAUGGGAUUAUUCUAAUUCUAAUAAAGGAACUAAAGAUUAUGAAGAAUACCUUCAAAGUCAUAAAGAUAAAUUCAAUGGUUAUACAUAUGUGGGUUUAGGAGAGCCACUACGACGGUGGUUUUCUCCUGGCUUUGUGGAGCCAACUUGGUUUGCUGUCAAAGGGAACGUGACAAGAAAACAUACUGAUUUAUAUCGCUUAGUGGCUGCUGCAAAUAUGCUGUUAGAAAAACAACCUAAUCAAACUGUUUCGCAACCCAUAGGUGUUAAGGCUUGUGUAGCUUAUCCCAGUGCUAUCUUGCUAGCUCAACCAGAUGCUGUAAAUAUUACUAAAGAGGGUCGCUCGUAUAAGAUUACUUGUGUAACCUGUAAAAUGACCAACUGCAUUACUUCAGCUGAACCUAAAGACUUUACCACCAUGUUGUUGGUGUGUAGACCGCCAUUUGUGCUGCUACCGGUUGAACUUGGUGAAAAAGAUUGGUAUGAUAAUUCUGCUUUACAGGUGUUAGAUUUGCUUAAUGGAUUAUUGCGUCCAAAACGCUUUGUUGCUGCUUUGAUCUUAGGAAUUACUGCUUUAAUCACCAUAUUGACUACAUUUGCUAUUGCUACAACAGCAUUAGUACAAGAAAUUCAAACUGCACAUUAUGUUAAUACAUUAAAUAAGAAUAUUACAAUGGCUUUAAUAACGCAAGAAGCAAUAGACCAAAAAUUAGAGGCAAAAAUUAAUGUGUUAGAGGAAGCGGUUUUAGUUUUGGGUCAGGAUAUCGCUAAUCUGCAAACAAUGUAUUCUGCUCGUUGUCAUAGUAAUUUUAAAUCAAUCUGUGUCACACCGUUACCAUACAACGCUUCAGAAUCUUGGGGGAAAGUGAAAGCUCAUUUACAGGGAGUUUGGCAUGACAAUGAUGUUACACAUGAUUUGGAUGCUUUGCAAAAGGAGAUAGCUGUUGUUAGUCAGUCUAGAUUACAAUUAGGAGAUUUAGAGGAUGAAGUGGAACAACAGAAAUUGUUAAUAGAAACUCCAGUAACCUCAGAAGAAAUUAGGCUUAAAAGGCUUAUUGGAAAUGAGCACUCGAACCCUAAUCAAAAGCAAAAACAACUAUUAGAUAAAAUUCCCAACCGCUCCCUGCCGGGAGGUUAUGAGCAAUACUUACUGAACGGCAGAUGGUGGACACGUCCACGUUGGACCCCUUCAGCUAAUUUAGAACCAUUAGAUUAUACGGGAUCUUAUGAUGAAUGGGGAUUUUGCUGGGUGAAUCAUGAUGGGAAAAGACAGAGAUGGGAUAAGAGAGCAGGGGGCUGGAAGGAAUACAUUAAAGACAGCUUAAAUGGUCUUUGGGACUUAGGUCAAUACCUGUUCAGCAAGUUUCCUUUGUCUUUGGGUCCCACAAUAGAAGUUAACCAGUAA